ACAUUCAAAACUUUCGGUGACCUACUUUCUUAAACCACUCCUUUCAAUCCGCCGCCUGAUUUUCUCAAUUUCAACUCUUCUGUUCUCUUCAAAUUCCGCCAUGGAUUUCAUCUCCACGAGAAAACUCCUCUCCGACGACGAAGAUGACAUCGAGAAAUUCUGCAAAGACUGCCACGAGUACCUUACCGGUUCUUGCUCUUCCGAUUGCAUCGAAAAAUGCCCAAAACUCUGCUAUAUCUCAAUGUCAAUCCCACCGCCGCCCUCUAAAUCGCCUCACAAACUCUCCAAUUUGGUUACCUCCACCAUCGCCCUUCUCUCCUUCACCUUCCUCCUCGUUCUCUGCUACGCCAUCUAUGCUCGUUUCUACUCCGGCCGCCGCAGACGGAUUCGUCGCCCCGAUCCACCACCGCCCGUGACUCACCACCAGCAUGACUUUCUCGACGAAGAACAAGGCCCUGUUUUGGAUCACCCCAUUUGGUACAUCCGCACCGUCGGCCUCCCGCCGGCCGUUAUCGAGGCUAUCGCCGUCUGCAAGUUUAAAUCCGGCGAGGGUUUGAUCGAUGGAACAGAAUGCUCUGUUUGUUUGAGCGAAUUUGAAGAGGAUGAAACCUUGAGGCUUUUGCCAAAGUGUAGCCACGCUUUUCAUCUCCCCUGUAUUGAUACUUGGCUUCGAUCUCACACUAAUUGCCCCAUGUGCCGUGCUCCUGUUGUAGCUCAGCCCACCGCCGCCGCUUCUCCGCCACCACCACAGCCUCCAGCCGAAACCCAGAUGAGGGAAUGGCAAAGGGGAGAGGGAGAUGGAGCCAAUUUGGGGGAAAGUUCCACUAGAAAUGAAGAACAAGAACAAGAACAAGUAGAAAUCCAUUUUCCUGAAGAAGAUUUAGAAGAAAUUCAGCCAGUGAGAAGAUCUAUAUCACUAGAUUCUUUAUCAGCUCUUCGAAUCAGCUCAGUUUUUGCUAAUGUUAAUGAAAAAAUGGACUCUGAAGCUGAAUCAAUGCAGAGAAAUGGGAAUGAAUCGAAGAAAUCAUAUCAAGGGAGAGGCAAUUCUUCUUCUGCUAUGAACAGUGUUCUGGCUGUGGAUUAUGCUUCUCAAUUACAUGAUUAUAAGCAAAGUAUGUCAAUAUCAUCAUUGAACACAACUUAAUCAGGAUGAUGUUUGUUGUUUUUAGUUAGUGAGUGAGCAAAUCUUGGUAAGAACUCACCAACUUUUUCAAUUUGAUUUCUUAAUUUAUGUUAGUUUUUAGUAGCAUGAUUAUGUUUUGAGAGUUUUUGAAAUGUGUCAUUUUGGUAUUUAUC